AGGGCAACACGGUAAAGUCGACGAUGAGCGACCUGAAUCAUUGACCGAAAAGUGAAACUAUCUGAAGUGUUGUCCCCGUAAACAAGUGAUUGUCUGUUCAUCCAGAUUUGUUCAUAUUCCGCAUACCUCUUCCUUUUGGUACCUAUGGUAGUGUACAACUCCCCCCUUUCUUUUCUUGUUUACAUACAGAAUCCCACACACAUCCAAGGCCAGACCGAGUCAAUCAAUCUGCGGGGAAACAACACCUCAUUGCUACCCUGGGAACUGAAGCCAUCGUCGCACAGCCUACGCCCAUCCAAUAACUCUUGAUCUCCUCCCUCCCUCCAGUCUUUACCCUUUGGUUCGGACCAUCUUUCCGACCAAACUUUGUCUCCUCCUCGUUGUUCGCAGUACAUUACCAGUCUUUAGCUUGCAACUUAAGAAGACAAGAAAAGACAGAAAGCUUCCCCGCACGCUAACUGCUAUCUCUCAAAGCUGCUUCCCCCUCUCUCAGGAACCAAAAAGGAAACACAACGAACAAACAACAGCCCGAUCUGCCACUUCCCUUUUGGUAGACGAGACGUUGUCCAACAUCGGAAUCAAACCACUACCACAUCUGGGUCGUGCCAUCGAAUUGACCAUAUCGACCCAUUUCAACGACUUUCGCGGUUGCCCCCAUCCUUUGUUUCGCAACAGUCGCAUUUCACGGAGCAAUACAUCUACAAGUAUACAUACCCCAGGUAUACUUGCACGUAACAGAUACAACCGACCGUGAACCGAACCCGACUGCCGGUGACUUGUCGCAUUUGACCAGCAUCACCACUUACAACCACGACAGUCGAACACGAACUCUCUCCUGACAACAAACAACAUUCUUAGUCAAGUACCCAAACAAAAUGCUAUCACGACGCGCCCUCCGCGCCCUGCGCCCCCCAUGCGGCGUCGUCCGGCCCUUUUCCACCACUCCCACGAUCCUCUCCAAAACCCCCUCUCUAGCCGACAUCAAGCCCAACGGAGUCGAAGCCUUCAACGCCAAACAAAAGUUGUUUCGUGAGCAGCUAGCAGAGCAAAAGCGACAACAGGAAGCCAAAGCAGCCCAACUCGCCGCCGCUGAAGCCGCCGCCCACGAACCUCCUCGCAAAGCUGGUCCCCUUACGAACUUGAUCUACGGCACCAAAGAAGGAAGGGAACUGGAUGCCCGUCUCGAAGCGAGUUUCAGCCAGGUGCUAGCGCGCGGCAAGUACGUGCACAGCAUCACGUUUGACCAAGUCAAGCCUGAAUGCGUGGAUGAGUACGUGGGGUUAGUGGGCGAGUGGUACCCGAAGUGGGCGCAGGAUCCGGAGAAUCGAGUGCAUUUGGUGGGGAGUUGGCGGGGGGAGGUGGGGGAUGUUGAUACGUUUGUCCACAUCUGGGAAUACCAGCGCUACACAGGCCUGCACUCCUCUCUCUCGUCUCUCAGCUCCCACCCCUCCAACGCCUACCCUUCCUUCUCCAAACGGCUCGCUCCCCUCCUUUCCAAGCGACACACCUCCCUAAUGCAAGAAUUCUCUUUCUGGCCUACCACACCCCCACGUCAACUAGGCGGUAUUUUCGAGUUGCGCUCCUACACUUUACACCCGGGGAACUUGCUCGAGUGGGAGACGCACUGGCGGAGAGGAUUAAAGGCUAGAAGGGAAGUCAUGGAAGGAGUGGGGGCUUGGUUCGUGCAGAUUGGCGACCUGAAUACGGUGCAUCACUUGUGGCAAUUUGCCGACCUCGAGGAACGAAGAAGGCAGAGGGAGGAGAGUUGGGCGAUUAAAGGGUGGGCGGAGACGGUGCAUAAGACUGUGCCGCUGAUUCAGACGAUGAAGAGCCGGAUUUUGGUGCCCAUGCCUUGGAGUCCUGUUGCGUGAGCCCAGAGGUUUGGGUCAAGAGAGAUUUCAAGGAGAUUUGGUUGGAAUUAGGUAGGAUUUGAGGGCAAGUAGUGAAGAGACGGACGAAUUAUUGGAACUGGAGGAUAAUUAGGGAUCAUGUGUAAAUGCUGUCCUUUGUUAUAGCGGGAGUCUUAGCGAGCUAGGCGAAUACAGCGAUCAUGUCUGGAACUUGAUAAACAAAAACAAUCGUAUUUGUACCCA